AUAUAUAUAAAUGCCAGGGAAAUCUUUACUAUUGAAACAGUUAUUCGUCAUAUCGAAAAACGAAAACGGUAUCAAAACUUCAUCAUGGAACGUUGGACAAAUAAAGUAGCGGUUGUAACUGGAGCAAGCUCUGGCAUUGGGGUGGCCACUUGCAAGGCCCUGGCAGAACAGGGCAUGAUUGUUGUGGGCCUAGCUAGACGUGUGGAAAAAAUCAUUGCCCAAACCAGACCUUUGAUUUCGCCACGGUAUCAGAAAAACUUACAUCCAUAUAAAUGUGAUGUUGGCAAUGAGGACAAUGUUAGGGCCGCAUUUGCCUGGAUAAUUGAGAAAUUUGGCAGCAUCGAUGUUUUGAUUAAUAAUGCUGGUGUUGUAUAUAACUCGUACAUAAUUGAUUACGAUAAUUCAGAAGCUAUUCGAAGUACGGUGAGUACAAACAUCUUGGGGGUAGUUUGGUGUACCCGUGAGGCACAUCAUAACAUGAAGGAGCGUAAUUUUGAUGGUCACAUCAUCAAUAUCAACAGCAUUGUGGGUCAUUCGUUGACCGAAUCAGCUGGUUUGAAUAUUUAUCCACCUACCAAGUAUGCGGUGACGGCAAUGACUGAAGUCGUGCGUCAAGAGUUGCGGACACGCAACUCGAAAGUUAAAAUUACGAGCAUCAGUCCUGGUGAGGUAAAAACAAAACUUUUCGGAGAAAAUUAUGAAUAUCCUGCCGAUAUGCCGUUGCUUGCUCCCGAAGAUAUUGCCAAUGCCAUUGUCUAUUGCAUACAGACACCGCCUCAUGUUCAAGUCCAUGAAAUGAUCAUAAAACCCGUUGGAGAGAAGAUAUGAUUAUUGAAAUAAUUUUUUAAAUUAACAAAAAAUAGUUUUUACAAAAUAAAGAGGGUUUAUGGAUAAAAUAAAUUUUUUUAUUAAAAAUCUAUAGCGACAAUUUUACAAAAAUGGCAAUUGAUGAUUAAAUAUUUUAAAGAAAAUAUUAUCGAAAAUAUUAUUGUACUUCAAUUGCAAUUAAGUUCCCAAAAUUUCACCUGGAAUCUUUUCUCUCCGUGUAGUAUAAUAAUAACUUGAUAUAUUCUCUCCGUGUAGUAUAAUAAUAACUUGAUAUAUUCUAUUAUUAUCUAAUAGGUGUUGUAGUUGUAUUAUUUUUAUUAUGGUCACACGCAAAGAAGCUGAAAUUGCUAUCAAUUUUACUAUUUCAUGAAUUUCAUAAUAAAAUAAUCGUCACGAACGAGUGACUCGGCAAAAUUUUCUUUUCGAGCUAUUAGAAU